GGCGACCAGCACCCCAUUCCUGUUCCCCUGGUGCCUGAUGAUGUUAAGCUCUCAUGGUGGAACAACGGGGCGGUGCUUCGCCGUGCCGGAUUAGACCAGUUCCAGGUAGUCUUGUUGAUGGCAGAGGAGGAAAAACAAAAUAGAAGAUUGAUCGCCUGGAUUUACUCGUCCGAGACCCGCGAAUGGGGUAAUCCCACCUCGACAUUGCUUCCAUCCUGGGACUUCUUAGGAGAUAUGGCCAAGCCUGCUGUGCUCGCUGGGAAUUCGCUUUACUGGAUCCUUGUUGGUAGUUCAUCAAGCAUCCUUGAGUUUGAUUUGGGUACGGAGAGAUUAAUUGUGAUACCUGUGCCGCGGCAAUUGCAUAUGAUGCACAGGAGCCACUACUCGAUUUUGCAGGCUGAUGGGGGUGGGCUUGGUUUCCUCUGUCUGUUAGAGUGGGACUACAAGGCCGUGUUAUACAACUGGAAGACAGAUUGUGAUGGCGUUGGUUCAUGGGUGAUCGUAAGAGUCAUUGAGCUGGACAAGCUACUUUCACUGAAUGAAGAGAAGAAGUACAAGCUACUUUGCGAGAAUGAACAUAAGGCGGGCACAGGGAUACUAGGGUUUGCUGAGAAGAAUAAUGUGAUACUCUUGAAGACGUUUAUCGGCCUGUUUAUGUUUGAGCUUGACUCAUUGCAGUUAAAGAAACUUCCCAGGACCCACGAGCACAUAUUCGAUGUGCAUGAAUUCGUCCAUGCAUUUGAAUGUGUCUACGCUGCAGGUACAGGCUUUGGUGGUGGACAUGAUGGAGCAGAAGUUUUGCACAAUGCAUAAUAUGUUUGUCCAGACAGAUAUGCUCUCAUGGUAUACAAAUAGAGUAGAGUAUAUAAUGUGGCAUUUUUAUGGAUGACCAGUACAAAUUUGUUCGACAGAUGAGAUCGAUUGCCGCGCAUGUGUGUUGGAGAUGCAGACAUGGCUUCUUGGGUGUGUGUGUGGAAAUUGCCCCUCUGUGUUGCAUGCAUUGGUGAUCUGUGAACUGGAGUUUCAGGAGUCAAUUGCUUCAUUUGCUGAAUAAUGUAUUAUGUUGUACUUUUUCCCAAUUCUGGCUGAUGGAUGUUGACUGUUCAACUGCACGCAGCGAUCCACUGCUGCGUGCCACCCUAGAGCUCGACGGUGUCCGUCUCUGGUUGUUGUACUGUUAGAAAUGUUGCAAAUUGUUGUUGUACUAUUAGACA